AUGAUCAGCAGGAGUUUGCUGCAAUUUUGCCUCAUGCUGCUCUUCUCCAGUGAAAUCUCAUGUCUGGACUGUAACAGGAUUCAUGUUCUGCAAACCAGAAUGAACAGAGAGAGUUUAGAGCAUCUGGAGAAAAUGGGUGGAAACUUUCCCUUCCAAUGUCUAAAUGAAAAGACAGUUUUCAAGCCCAGAGAUAUCCUCAAGAUCCGACUGUCCCAGCAAGAGAAUGCCAAGGUAGCCAUCCUGCAGAUCCUCCAAGAACUCUUCCAUAUCUUUAACAACAAUCUCACCCAAGCUGCCUGGAAAGGGACUUCCAUAAAGGAAUUCCAAAAUGGUCUUCACCAGCAGAUUGAGAAACUGGGGAUUUGUUUGAGUGCUGAAAAAGGAAAGGAGAUAACCUACCCAGGAAAUGAGAACCUCCUGCUCACCAGCCUCAAAAUGAAGAGAUACUUCCAGACAAUCAAUGAUUUCCUGAAAGAAAAGCAAUACAGCCAGUGUGCCUGGGAGAUUAUCCGUGCAAAAAUAUCCAGAUGUUUUCUAAUUCUUGAUGUACUGACAGAUCGGCUUAAAAAUGAAGUAAAUGAAAUGAUAACUUUCAAGCCCACUCAGGAUGUUGUCCAACUCCAGCUGUCCCAGAAGGAAAAUGCUGAUGCAGCAAUCCAAGAGAUACUCCAAGAAAUCUUCACUAUCUUUAGCAAAAAUCACACCCGAAUAGCCUGGGAUAGGAGCUCCAUAGCCAGGUUCCAAAAUGGACUUUAUCAGCAAAUUCAGCCAUUGGAAGUACGUUUGGGUGCACAGAUAGAGUUAACUAGCCUGGAAAAUGAGGACCUCCAGCUCACCAGUAAGAGUGAGAAAAUACUUCCAGAGGACAGACGCUUUCCUGAAAGAAAAGCAAUACAGCUCGUGUGCCUCAGAGAUCAUCCACGUUGA